GUGUGAGGCAGCGGGGGGCGCCUGGAGGCCGGGGCGAUGGACAUGGCUGCGCCGCGGGGGCCUCCGGGUGGGGUGGGCGGCGGGGCCGGUCCUCCGCCCGGGCAGCCCCGCGAGUACAAGCUGGUGAUGCUGGGCGCCGGCGGGGUCGGCAAGAGCGCCAUGACAAUGCAGUUCAUUAGUCAUCGUUUCCCGGAAGAUCACGACCCCACUAUUGAGGAUGCUUACAAAAUCCGGAUAAGGAUUGAUGACGAACCCGCCAACCUGGACAUUCUGGACACAGCGGGCCAGGCGGAAUUCACUGCUAUGAGAGACCAGUACAUGAGGGCAGGCGAAGGGUUCAUCAUCUGCUACUCGAUCACGGACCGCCGGAGUUUCCACGAAGUGCGUGAGUUCAAGCAGCUGAUCUACCGCGUUCGGCGUACAGAUGAGACCCCCGUCGUCCUCGUGGGAAACAAGUCUGAUCUGGCACAGCUGAGACAGGUCUCCAAAGAAGAAGGCCUGGCCCUGGCCCACGAGUUCAGCUGCCCCUUCUUCGAAACCUCGGCCGCCUUCCGUUUUUACAUCGACGACGUGUUUCACGCGCUCGUCCGGGAAAUCAGGCGGAAGGAGAAGGAAGCGGCAAUGGCGCUGGGGAAGAAAUGCAAGCCACGCAGCACGGUUUGGAAAAGGCUGAAGUCUCCAUUCCGGAAGAAGAAGAAUUCCGUGACGUGACCGGAAGGCCGCCUCCAACAGCAGCGAAAGAACUGU